CAGAUAAAUAAGACUGCAUUAAUUAGAACAUACUUAAAUAUUGGUUGUGCACUUGUAAAGUAGGUUGUGCAACAACGUAGACAAGCUCGUUCGCGGCCAUAUGCACAAAUGUUCUUUUAAAUAAUUACGAUUGUGUACUUGUGUUAUGCAUCUAAUAAUAAGAAGUGUAAAAGUGGGAGAAAGCAACCAACAAAUGGUAGGGUCCAAAAAAAAAAGAAAAUAAAUAAAUAAAUAAGAAGGAUGUUGCAAUAGCAAGAAAAGGCGGGAAAUGAUGAUUUUACCAGCAACGACCAACCAACUUCAACAUCAUAACAGAAGGGGUGUAACUUAAACUACACGAGACUAAAACAUUCCAACUUUCUUGUCUUUGAUCAUCUCUCACUUGUCACUUCCUUAUCUUCUCAAUCUUCAUCAUUCUCUGUGUAAUAGUAUGAUCGCACUCGCUUCCGACUUAAAUGAAUCUUUCAGCUAGUUAUUUUGCAUUAAAAAUGACCAAUAUGAGAUCUCAAAGUUUUCUAAUAAUGUCAUACUUAUUGUUGAUUUUAUGUCUAAUUAUGUUUGAGCAAAAGAGUGUUUGUUUAGUAAAUGCUGCUACUGAAGCCGGUGUUAAACAAGCAAAUGUGGGUAUUCAAGAUGCAAGAUCACAGUUUUGCAGCAUUGAUUUAGCAAACUUUCUUCCUCCUCCAUAUGGGAACCUUUCCUAUAGCAAUUGUCACCCUGUUUGGGAAACUUACGUUUUGAGGUAUUACCAGAGCAAGGAUCACACUGUAACUAUAGUUUUAUCAGCGCUAUACACGACAGGAUGGGUAGGAAUUGGAUUCUCGAAAGAUGGGUUGAUGGUGGGUGGCAGUGCCAUGGUAGGGUGGAUCAGCAAAAGUGGGCACGCGAAGAUCAAGCAGUAUUAUCUAAAAGGUCGGAAGCCUCAUGAGGUUCUUCCCGGGCAAGGGGAUCUCAAUCUGACAAGCAUUCCUCCUGUCGUGGUACUUGAUGGAGCUAACCUUUACAUGGGUUUCCAGCUUCAGUUUAAUGGUCCUCUUGAGCAGCAGCCCACUCUGCUAGCUUACGGAAGCAGGAUUCCCCUCAAUCACAAACUCACAGUGCACGAUGAUAAGACCACCAUACACAUUGAUUACUCAACUGGUGUUGCUGCUGCUACAAGUGAGGCCGGGGGUUUCGACAAGAUGAAAAGAAGCCAUGGAAUUUUGGGGAUUAUUGGCUGGGGACUUAUUCUUCCUUGUGGGGCUAUGAUUGCCAGGUUUCUGAAGCAGAAAGAACCUCUGUGGUUUUAUCUGCACACUAUAAUUCAGAUUGUAGGGUUUCUCAUCGUGUUGGCGGGUGUAGUGGUCGGUCAAACUCUUAAUAAUCAAAUCCAUGCAGAUGUUGCUGCACAUAGAGGCAUUGGAUAUUUUGCUCUCACACUUACCAUUAUCCAGGUUCUGGCAUUUUUCAUCAGGCCAGAUAAGGAGUCAAAGAUACGUAGGCUUUGGGCCGCAUACCAUCGAUGGUUCGGUGUAAUUACUCUCUUCUUUGGGGCUCUAAAUAUUGUUCUCGGGUUCCAAGUUGGGGGUGCUGGUUCUGAAUGGAAGAUAGGAUAUGGAUUUCUACUUGGUAUCAUUUUAGUUACUGCAAUUGUUUUGCAGGUUCUAUCCAAGUUCAAAAGCUCAGAGAAGCCAGCUCAACCUAUUUCUGCCUAUCAAAUGAGUUAAUUUCACAAAAAGAUUUUUUAUUUUAGUUUUCAAGGGGCGUUUGCUACACAUCUGAGCAUUUGCAUCAGUCUUUUAGCUAAACUACGCUCACAAUUUUGGUUUUUCUUAAAAAAAAAAAAAAAAA